AUGAGUCAGCAGUGGGCCCUGGCAGCCAAGAGGGCAAACCACAUCCUGGGGGGCAUCAAACACAGUAGAACCAGCCAGUCAAGAGGUGAUAAUCCCACUGUAGCAGUUAAAUUGAAAAAAGCUACAGAUACCUAUAAAUUGUAUGUGGAGAAAUAUGCUGCAGUUAAAUCUGCUUUUGAACAGAAGAUGACAGAAACUGCACAGAAAUUUCAAGACAUUGAAGAAACACACCUUCUUCAUAUGAAAGAGAUUAUAGAAUCAUUGUCAAAUACCAUAAAAGAAAUUCAUUUGCAAAUAGGAGAGGUGCAUGAAGAGUUUAUUGAUAACAUGACAAAUUCUACGGUUAAGAGUUUAAUACAGAAAUUUGCUGAGUCAAAAGGAACUGGCAAGGAAAGACCUGGCCCUAUUGAAUUUGAGGAAUGUAACACAUCCAAUGCAGUUGAAGGGAUAAAACCACGAAAGAGGAAGCCUUUUGGUUUUUCAGGAAUAAUGAAAAAAGAAAAAGAUACUAUGUAAGUAUAUUCCCAGCUUGAAACCUUGUCUUAUAUAAAAACUAGCUGAUGUUUAACAA